AUGUCAGUUCGUUCUUUCAACCCUGCAUUGCAGGCACAUUUCAAAGAUUUUCCUCGUGCCCAUUACCAGUAUGGCUUUCGAAACGUCAUCACACGUUCUGCUUGCCAACAGAUCCUUGACAAACUCCGACUUAAGGAGAAGUACCCUAAUUCAGAGGGCAGGCUAGAUAUCAUAGACAUAUUCUCGGGUCAUGGAUUACUAUCUACAAUGAUAAACUACGAAUUGAAGCCAAAGAAUCAUCUUGUGAUUGACCACAGCAAGGAGCCAUGCCAGGUGUGGCAAGAUAGAAUUGAGUAUCUCAAGAAGCAUACCCAGAACAGAGAGAACUUCAUAUUCUCACCACUUAGUGGCUAUUUCUGGUCCACCUACGACAAGCUUAUAACAGAAGACAAGAUUGUAUCUCCAUCAUUCCAACCAAGAUCAAAAAUUCACGACGAGCUUCUAAUAGUUGGAAACUUGACUUCAUCGAAAUAUGGUGAACUGUUACUCGCUCAAUGGCUCAUGUGCGUUGGAUUUCAAAAUUGGCUUCAAAAGUAUGGUAGAGUCAGGAUGGUGAUAACAGCGCCUGAAGAGACGGCCACAAAAUUUCUCGCUGGACCACUGUACAAGAAGAGAAAUAGAACAGCGAUGAAAAGGGCGGUUCUUACGGAUGCUCACUUGAUUGCCGUAACCAAGCCCCAAACAGUCAGAUCUGCUGGAUUUGGUUACGACCCUCGUUUGCUUAUAAAAGAUCAACCAGCUUUGCUACCCAGUUCUGCCGUUGCACCUUCUACGUCCCGCUUGGCGGUGUUGGAAUUUGUACCCAAGGACAUUGAUUAUAUUGAUACCCAAGAACUCUCGUAUGUGACGCAAGCAUUGGCCCUUCGACUCAACACACUGGGAGAUAACCGAUGA